AUGCGCGCGUUCUCGUCGAGCGCUUUUGUUUUCGGAGUAAAAACGAGAACGUCGGAGGAGGAGAAGGAAGCGCGUCGCGAAUCCGGUCUGCGAAACGAAGUGUUCGCCACGUUUUCCAAUUCGUCGUCAGAUAUACAUUCCUCUCGCUGCGUGUUCGAGGGUUUUUCAAACACGCGCACGUUACAGUGGACGUCGAAUUACAUCCGACGAUUACUCCCUCGACACGCGGUGUUUGAGAACAAAACGUGGGAAGGCGCGGAAAUAUUCACGAACAGUUUGAGUUGGGAACUCAUCGACGACUAUUCCAACGGGAUGAUGCUUCUGGAGUUUAAUAAAAUGCCCAAAGCGCGGAACAUCGAUCCGUCUUUGAAGCUGUUCCAUUUUGGAUUAUAUAAGAACGGGGUGAUGAAAAAGUUAGCGGAGUGCGAUUACGAGAAAAAAGGUGAGAAGAGCGAAUGCAUGGGCUUAGAGCGGUCGAAGAUAUACCCUCGCAUUCAGAAUUGGUUGAAAGUGUUACACGAGAAGAGCGUACGCGGGACGGAGAGAGAGCGGUUGAACGGAGGGCACGAGUAUUGGACGCACACGUGGUUGGAGCACGACAUGGAGGAUAACAAUCGAGUCAGUCCUGUAGGGGCGUCGUUUUUAGAACAUUCGGUGCUUGAGUACGGGAGAGAUGACGAAGCCGUGGACGCGUUGAAAGAUUACUUAGAAGCGACCGGGAUGCUCAACGGGUUUAGCGCCGAACACGAGCAAAAUGUCAGAGAUGUGAUUAAAUUAGCGACGGAUAAAGAGACGACGGGAAAGUAUAGCAGGGACACGUGGCGCGCGACGACGUGGCUCGUGGCGGUGAUGCAUUCGAGGUUAACCGAAGGAGGGACGAGCGAGAAGGUUGGGAUACAAGCCAUUCGGUUGGCGUUUGUAUUUCGACCGAGACUUUUUGACGCAGAAGAAAUAGAAGAAAAAGAAAUAGAAGAAGAAGAGGAAGAAGAAAGAAUAAACGAAGACGAGCUACCGUCCAUAAUCGAAGACAUGUCCGACUUUCUCGCCGCCGCGAAUUGGCCGGGCGAUUUAGAAGAGUUUGAGAGAAUUGGUUUAUACGCGCUCGAUCGAACGACCAUGGGCUACACGUUGCAAGUUGACGUGUUGCCAAAAAAAGUUCGACUGAAAGACGAACAAGGAGGAGAAAAAGAUGGAGACGGUAAAAGCAAACACACCGUUCUCGGUCCGAACGUCGGCGUCGAGCUCGCGGCUGCUUCCAUCUCUGGAGGCUUCGACGCGCUCGACCAACUCCAAUACGCUGUCGAAGACGGCUUAGUCGAACAACCGUUCUGGGACGAACUCCUCGCGAACAUCUGCCAACACAACUUGGACGCCAAAGACGAACAGCUCUCGAACAAAGCCGCGAUAACAUCCACCUCUUACCACGCGUGCACCAUCAAACCUCGCAAACCGGCGGAUAAGCUCGAACGUUUGCUCCCGAACAACCUGGGCACUCGCAAAUCCCCGAUCCUCGUCGCGUUGUCCCACAUCAAAUUCGGUUUGCGAGCGCAAAGCAAACUCUUCGCCAAAGCCUACGUCGGCGCGAUGCCAAAAACGUGGUGGUGCCCUGACAGCGCACCGCGACCAUUUCGCGAAGAAGAAGAAAACGACGAUUACGCACCCAUCGAGGACGACGACGAUUUUGAGGAAGAAACCAAACGGUUGCGCGAAGAACACGCGAGGCGCGAGUUUCAAACCUUUCGCUACACGCCGUGUAAAACGUAA